GGGCGUUCAACUGGUUCUCACCGAAGCGAUGGUGAGCGAGGCUCAAACCUAAGGCUAGGGACAAGAAAUGUAUUAGUUAAUAAGGGCAGGCUGUGUGCGCUGGUCCGUGCGCAGCAUGCUGACGCGGUCCUGGGGGCCGAUGAGUCAGAGCGGCUGUGUCAGCGGGGCCCGAGCUGUGCCGUGCGCUGCCGCCCCAUCUAA